AUGGGACUCCCUCGCGGCACCCGACGAAUGAUCUACGCGACUGAGCCCUACUCCGAAUUGGGAUUGUUCUUGACAAAAAUCCACGAAGAGCGAAAAACAGCGGAAAUUGUGACAACAAUCAACUUCAAAGAAGUCGAUUUGGCGAGCCGGCCGACAGCGAUCAUCGAAGCUCCUCCGGUGCCCUUCGAGCUCGAUUACACGUUCAAUUCGCUCACCGAUCCUUCUCGAAAAAACUUCAAAGUGAUUUCAAGACAAGGCGGAUAUGUUGGCGUGUGUAAAGAAGCGCUCUUUCUGGCUUCCCAUUAUUUCCGGAAUCGGCUGACCGCGUUUAUGACAGAAUACACCGAAGAGAUUGGAACAGUACAAGCAAUUGAGACGGCGUUGACUCAUCUGAUAACCGGAUGCUACAAACCGCCAUCAAAAAUGACGCCUUCACUCGCUUCUGAUAUUAUUCAACUAGCUCAAACUUAUCGAUCGAAUGACUUGAAUGCUCUUAAAAAUUCCAUUGAAAGGCAUUGUCAUGAAGAAUUGAGUAAUAAUACUGAAGAUUUGAAUUUUGUCGUUCGAUUGCUGAUCACCGCGAAUGACGGCGGACUGGCAGGACUUCAAAACGCGUGUGUCGGAUGCAUCAUCACGUUCCAUUUUCAGCAAUUCCUCACCGAUUACCUUCUCGGAAAUCACUCAUUACGAGAACGUUUGACAAUUCGGCAAGGAAUUGCCCGUCCAGCACUAGGAGUGAUUGUUAAAAAAGCAUUUGUACAACAAUUGCAAGUUCGACGAUUCAUUCGACAAAUUCCAACGAAUCUCGACGAAUAA